AUGUCAAAUGAUUAUUUCAAAAACGUUUUAACAGAUGUUUCAUAUUUCUUAAGAUUCACUGGUGCCACUGCUGGCGAUAUAAAAGGCAAUGAAUUGGAUCAUUUGACUCUUUGGGCUCAAGAGGAAAUAUUAAAAUUAAAAUGUAUUCACAAAUCAGACAAUAUUCCUAGUAUGGACAUAGUAAAUAUAUAUAAUAAGUGGAAAUUCCAAGAUAAAGAAGAUUUCCAUUUCCAAAAAUAUUUAAUUUUGGAUCAAAAAUUGACGAAAUCAGGAGUUCCUUAUUUAAAAAUGCAGCUUGCAAACACAAGUGAAAUAUUCAAUCUUAAUUUUCCUCAAUAUCUCCAAGCAAAUUUCCAAAAUGUCUUUCAAAAAGGAAGAAUUAUUUCAAUGUCUCUUUUUAAAGCAUUUUCAAAUUUUGCUGCGAUGCCACAAGCAUUUGUUGUUGAAUUAAAUGAUAAUGAAGAAGAUAUGAAUCUAGUUAACUAUCUUUUAAAUGGAGAAUUCGCUGAUAGAAAUGAUAAAUUUGAAAUUGUCGAGAAAAAUGAUACUGGAUUUUUAAUUCGAAGAGAAUCAGUUGAAUUUCAAUUGUUUAUUCCAAGUACACACAAGGCAAUGAGAAGUUUACUUAAUAGCGGCGAAUUUGUUGUGAUUACGAAUGUCUUUAGAGUUGAUGAACCAAGUGGUUUAUAUUUCACAAUUGACAGUACGUCACUUUUCUUUAGAUUACCAGUAAAACCAUCAGAAUCAAAGUAUUUCAGGUGCUCACUACGAGGACAGAUAGUUUCCAUUGAAACUUCUGUUGAUUACGCUGGAGAAUUUGGAGGAAGUAAAAUGACAAUCAAAAACGUUGAAAAUGGUGAUUUUUUGAUUGUUACUUUUUCAAAUUUCAUUUCUUCAUUGAUGAAAGAUUAUGUAAUGAAAUGUAGAAUUGGUCAUCAUAUAUGGAUGUUUGGUUUAUCAUGGAAAGAACUUGCUGAUUAUGAUUUUGAUGCUGAAAGUUGUUUAUAUAAUUUAGAUUUAACUCCUUCAUUUUAUUUUUCACAACAAAAGGUUCCAAUAUCAUUGAAAAGACUUUCGUUGUCUACAACUCCUGAAAUUGUUGAAGUUAUUGUUUUAGAUGCUCAUUUCUUCCCUGUCAAUGUUCAUUCAAAUUGUAAUUGUGUUUUGUCUGAAUUUAAUGAAUGUCCUUAUUGUAUGAAUAGUAUUAGUACAAAUACAAAACAAAAGCUGUUAUUUAUUCUUGAUAUUGAUGAUGGAACAGAUCAAAUAAAAGUAGCAGGAAUUUGCGAAGAUCUUGAAAUAUGUCAUAUUACUUAUGAAGAUUAUGAAUUGAUGUCAAUGACGGAAAGAGAUGUUAUUGAUAGUGUUAAAAAAGAAAGAGAAGAAAUUGCAAUUCAAGAAAAUAAUAGAGCUGAAAAUGAUGAUAAAGCAAAAUCCGAAAAACAUCAAAAGAGAAUUGAUGAUAUGGUAAAUACUCUUUCUAGAUUUGGUGUUACUAUUGAAAGAGCACAAGUUGAAAGUGAUUUAGAAGUCGAAGAUGAAAGUACUCAAAACGAAAUGGCAAGAAGAAUGCAAAUGUUAUUUAUCAGCCAAAGAAGUCAACAAGUGAUAAAUGAUAACAUUGUUAAUUCUGGAAGAAGGAAAUAUGAAGAAUAUCAAGAAAACUGGAGAAAGAAAUUAAAUGAACUUAUUGGCCAAACAUUUGUAUUUGGUUUAUCAAGACAGCAAUUUAAUGAUUUUGGUCCUGAAGCAAAACUAAUUGAGUUUAGGAUCAAUUAUGCUGUUAAACCAAGAACAAAGAUGUCUAUAGCACAACUAAUAUCUUCAUUAAAUUCUAAUAAUCGCGUGGCAAUUCCACAACUUGAUUUAAUGUUUUCAGAAGCUAAAAAGAAAAAUUAA